UGCAGGCAGUGCUAGGGGAGCAGUGCUUGGCAUGAGCCCCUGUCCUGCCCGGCCUCCCUGUAAGCCCUGGGAUGCAGCCAAGUCCUAUGCCGAGGCUGAGGCGUACCCUGCCCUGGCCCCCCCAUGCUCUCCCUGUGCCUGGAAUGCCUGGGAAAAGCUCCACCACGAAAGCAAAGUCCGGGACACAGGGCAGCUGUGGCCAGGCACUGUGGCGUAAUGGCAGCCAGGCUCCAGGCAAAGCUGGCCAUGGGCUGCCCUUCCCGCUGGCUGCGGGGCUGGCAUCUGUCCCUGUGGCUGUCAGGAGUGCGGCUGGCCCAUGCUGGGGCUGCAGAGCAGCUGCAGCGGGAAUAUGACGCCGUGGUCAUCGGGGCAGGGCACAACGGGCUGGUGGCAGUGAGUACCAAGAGUGAGGCUGCCUACCUGCAGCAGGCAGGGGUUCGCACAGCUGUGUUGGAGAAACGCCAUGUGCUGGGUGGUGCGGCUGUCACGGAGGAGAUUGUGCCAGGCUUCAAGUUCUCUCGGGCAUCAUACCUGCUCAGCCUGCUGCGGCCACAGAUCUACACAGAGUUGGAGCUGCAGCAGCACGGUCUGAGAGUGUUCCCACGGGAUCCCUACUCCUUCACUCCACUGCUGGAGGACAGGAGCACCCCUCGCUCUCUCCUGCUGGGGCACGAUGUGGCUCAGACCCAGCAGCAGAUUGCUCAGUUCUCCCAGAAGGAUGCGCAGGCUUACCCUGAGUAUGAGGCAUUCAUGGGGGGCUUGGUUUCGGCUCUCGAACCGCUGCUGGAUGCCCCCCCAGUGGAUACAGCUGCCCUGGGGCAGGGGUCCCUGCUCCAGCGCCUCAAGGCUCUGCAAACCCUGCGUCCCCUCCUGCAGGCAGGGUGGGCUCUGGGGCGGCAGCUGCCCCGCUAUUACGAGGUGCUCACAGCCCCCAUCUCCAAGAUCCUGGAUCACUGGUUUGAGUCAGAGCCCCUGAAGGCAACUCUGGCUACUGACGCAGUGAUUGGAGCCAUGGCCAGCCCCCACACCCCUGGCAGUGGAUACGUGCUGCUGCACCAUGUGAUGGGUGAGCUGGAGGGACACCGGGGGGCCUGGGGCUACGUGGCUGGUGGGAUGGGGGCCCUGUCCCAAGCCAUCGCCCGUUCAGCGGCUGCCCGAGGAGCCCACAUCUUUGCUGAGAAGGCAGUGUGCCGCGUGCUGCUGGGCGGGGACGGGCAGGCACAGGGUGUUGCACUACAGGACGGGACAGAGGUGAAGAGCAAACUGGUGUUAUCCAAUGCCUCCCCCCAGAUCACCUUCCUGGAGCUCACCCCCCAGGAGCAGCUGCCAAAGGAUUUUGUCCAGCGGAUCCAGCAGGUUGACACAUGCUCCCCUGUCACCAAGAUCAAUGUGGCUGUGGAUCGGCUGCCCAGCUUCCUGGCUGCCCCCAACACCCAUGACGGCCGGCCCCUGCCCCACCACCAGUGCUCCAUCCAUCUCAACUGUGAGAGCACCCACCUCCUGCACCAAGCCUUCACUGAGGCCACCCAUGGGCACCCCUCCAGCAGACCCAUGAUCGAGCUCUGCAUCCCCUCGGCUCUAGACCCAGGACUGGCCCCAGAAGGCUGCCACGUUGUGUCCCUUUUCACCCAGUACACUCCCUCCGUGCUGGCAGGUGGGCAGUCCUGGGAUGAGCAGGCGAGGAAUGCAUAUGCAGACACAGUAUUUGACUGCAUCGAAGCCUAUGCCCCAGGAUUCAAGGCAUCCGUCAUCGGCAGGGACAUCCUGACGCCACCAGACAUGGAGAGGAUCUUCGGGCUGCCUGGUGGGAAUAUCUUCCAUGGAGGGAUGUCUCUGGACCAGCUGUACUUCGCCCGGCCAGCACCAUCCUACUCAGGGUAUCGGUCCCCAAUACCUGGCUUGUACCUCUGUGGAAGUGGAGCCCACCCUGGAGGAGGAGUGAUGGGAGCAGCAGGACGCAAUGCCGCCCAGGUGGCCCUUGAGGACUUCAGGCGCUUGUGAUGGCACUGGUGACAUCAACUUCGCCUGCACAGGGUUGUAGCUGCAGUGAGCCAUGUUGUCCCCACAUAGAGCUCUGCACAUCCCCAACUUGCUUCCUGGGCACAUCAGGGCAGAGAGCCAGAGGGCACAGGAUAACAGAGUCCCUUGUGCUUCCAGCUGCCACUGUCAUCUUGAACACGUGGCUGCUCCCAGCCUUGCCCAGGUGGCUCCUGGCCACUGGGCAGACAGGGCAAGCCUCUUUCAGUCCCUGCCUGCACCCAUGGCUAUAAAUCCUGUCCUGGAAUCUGCCUUGAGCAUUCGCACUG